UUAGAUAACGAUCGUAAUACAGCGAGUAUCAUAGGACAAGUACAGACGCUGAAGAUUUCAUUUAUUCAUUCUACAUCAAGUAGAUAAUUCUUACUGAUGUUCGUAACGGACUACUAAAAUGUUGCAAAACAUUUGAGUUGAUAGAUUAACAAUUUUUGGAUUAUUUAAGAAGUGUUUCUUAAGCGAAUUAAUUUCUUUGGUUACUUAAUUAACCAUUAAGUAGUUUAGAUUAAACAUCAUGAUGUGCAAUUUACAAAUUUGUACAGGGACAGUAUUUACUUUAUAAAAACUAAACGACAACACACGUUUCGGUUUAAAUCUACAUCAAGUUGUGUCGGAUAUUCUUAUUUUAUGCGCUUUAUAAUAACUUGUCUCAUUUGUAUGUACUUUUCGCAUCAGUUAUAACGAAGAAUUUAAUUUAUUUAACAGUUAAUAAGCAGUAAUGUCUGUAGCGGAGUUGAGUGACUUUAAGACCGCAGAGAAAAUUUUAACUGUAUAUCCACCAAUUCUUUUAAGUCUCGGUCUAGCUGGAAAUAUUUUGUCUGUUGUUGUACUUUCACAAGCAAAUAACAGAAAGACAUCAACUGGUGCUUUGUUGAUUUUCUUGGCGGUAACAGACAGUUUAAUUCUAAUUAAUUCCGUAUUUGUGCGAUGGUUGGAGCAUUUAUUUGAAGUUGAUUUCAGAAAUUCGUCAACGGGGACAUGCAAAUUUCAUGUAUUCAUCUCAUAUUUAUUGUUACAACUAUCACCUUGGAUUCUAGUACUUGUGACAAUAGAACGCGUAUUUAGUGUAUUAUAUCCGCAUAGAGUGAGAGAUGUUUUCACAAGGAGGAGGGUGCUUAUUGUUUUGCUGCCGCUUGUUCUUUUUCUGUCUGGUUUGAAUGCUCAUCUGAUAUAUGGGUAUCGGCUUAUAUUUAAUGAACCCUUUCAGCGUUUACGCUGUGAAGCAAUUCCUGAGCAUGUAAAUUUCAUGUUUAAAUUCUGGACAUGGAUCGACUUUGCUUUUGCAUUCGCAAUUCCUUUCUGUGUUUUGCUGAGUGGUAACAUUACAGUUGUACUUAAACUUAAGUCGAGUCAUAAUUUUCGGAAAAGGAGUACCAUUAUCUCGGUAAACGGCUCACAUUCAAGAGGCGGCAGUACCUGUCGCCAAGAAAGAACGACCUCUUACUUCACAGUAACAGCGAUAAUACUCAACAUAACAUUUGUGAUUUUAGUUUCUCCGUUUUCAAUAUUUGCAAUUGGACAGCCAUACUGGUUCCCAGUUGACACCAUGACACCUGAACGUCACGCCGGCUUGAUACUUACUGGAACAAUAUUACUGAUGAUUCUAUACACAAAUAAUGCAGUUAAUUUUGCAUUGUACAUUUUAUGUGGCACGAAGUUUAGGAGGGAUUUUAUGAAUCUUUUCUGUCGUUCACGCCGGCGACGUCGAAGUAUGUCGGAGACGUUUUCAAGCAAUAGGACUGUGCACUUAAGUACGAUUAGCCUAUAGAUAAUUUGGUCCCAAAACGAGACAUUGAUAAUUUGACAGAUGUGAAUAUCAUAUGUCUUAACACAUUGCCAUGUCCCUGUAAUUCAUGUAGUUAAGUAGUCAGCUACUUUCUGAUAACAGUUCAGUACUGGUACACAUUAAGGUUAAGUGACUUGAAAACUAGUUCAAAUGAUUUCAUUGGUCCGGCUUAUUCGGACCCUUAAUUGUAUUUCUACCGAGUUUGCUCUGCCUCCUUCAAAGUCAUAUUCGUAUAUGGUUUGUUAGGAUUUCCCUUUCAUACAUGUAGUAUACUACAUGAGCAUCUCAUUGGUUCAUAUAUCAUGUCAGCUGUUGCCAUCACGCGUUAAUUUUCACUAUUCUUUUCCUUUGGGUUAGUAAAGUUAAAGAUUUUGUGGAUAAAUAAUCGGUUUCAACUCAUCAUGUUUUUACAACUGACCGUUGUAUGGUAAUGUUCAUACGUUGUUACAAUUUGUCCUCCUUAUCUAUUAGUUUCACGUUGUACUUUUUUUGUGUAUCGUUACAUGCGCUAAAAGAAGUGCAUUCCGAGUACGUAGCUAUUGCUUUUUUAUCUUUGUCUUUGCUGCUAAAGCAAUUAUAUCUAACAUACACAAAAGUAAGUUUUGCUGAACGGGUUCAGUAAGAGGCCGGUCGGUGAAUAUACAUUCGGACGUGGCGUUUAUAAAAUUGACAAUUUGCAGGAAUAUCUGCGUUGACUUUGUUCAAAGUUUCCCGAAGUUUUAAAUUUAUCUUUUGCCGUACAUUAACACUGUGACACUGUACUGAUAAAGUCAUAUAACCACAUAUCAUUUUUGGCAUUUCGAUAAUCAUUUAAAAAAAAAGUAGCGAAGUGCGUUAUUUUUCCCUUUAAGCAGGCCAAAACACUGUCUGAUUACACCAAUUGUCAAUAUUACCACGGUUAUUUUCACUAUUUUUACAUUGUUUCGGUCGAAAAAGAAAUGUGUUGCCCGCUGUAAACUUUAGUCAUCAUAACGAAAUUUGCAUUUCUCUUUUUUCUAAUAAAUUUUGAUAUUUGAUAACAUCUAAUUUGGAACUGAUUUUUAAGGUCAACUUGCCCGUGGUAGUAUGAAAGUGUGCAUCCAUGUCUCCAAGGAAAUAUUACUGAAUUUACAUGUAAGCAAUUUUUGUAGAAAAAAAAUUAAAAUAUCAAAAGUACAAAUGUAUUUCUUCUCAAUUGUUUCAAAUAAGAUAAUAUCUGGAAAAAAACUAGGAAAAUGUUGCUUAUUGUACCUACAUUUAUCAACAGUCGUUUUCUUUUCCCUUUUGUCAAAGUAUGCGGAACACUGAUCAACUGAUUAACUUUUUAACGUUUUCUCUUAUACAUGUGCAAGCAUGUGGCUCAUACUAUACUGUUAUGAACGAGAUUUCAUGCUUUGUUUGUCCACUGAGACACAAUUUGAAAUUAUUGAAGCUUUUAAUGGAACCUCGAGGUACCUUGAUGAAUCAACCUGUCUAUAAUUUUUUUCCGUUACAGCUUCUUUUGGUUUUGGCCAACUUUGCAAAUGCGUGGCUCUGUGCUUCAGAGAAAUCUACCCUUACCUUUUGUCUUUUUUCUACAUUAUGUAGUUAAUAAAUACGUGAUACUGUAUUCCAUCUACUGAACUCAUAAAUGCAAACAUUUAUUCUGCCUUUUCCUUAGUGUUCUUUUGCUACUUACCGUAUGAUUUGAAUGGUCUUGUGUAAAUGAACAAUUUAUAUGGUCAU